AUGAAGACGACGAAAGGAGGGAAAGUGAUGAACCCUACUGAUGCUUACCGCAAGGAGAUUCGCAAGAGGGAAAUUAAACGUAACAAGAAAGAGAGACAGAAGGUGAGAGAGGUGGGGAUUUUGAAGAAGGAUCCUGAGCAAAUCAAGGAACAGAUCAGGAAACUUGAUAUGUCAAAGGCUGAAGGUGCUUUGGACAAAGCAAGAAAACAUAAAAAGAGACAGCUUGAAGAUACUCUAAAAAUGGUGGUGAAGAAGAGAAAGGAAUAUGAUGAGAAAAAGAAGGAGCAAGGAGAGGCCACAACCUCUGUUAUGUUCAGUCAUCUACCCGCUCAACGAAGAACAACCGGUGAAGAGGAUGAUAGAUCAAAGGACUUAAAACCAGAGGACUCUGUUUAUUAUCACCCUACUUUGAACCCGACUGGUGCACCACCCCCAGGAAAGCCACCAAUGUAUAAUUCAUCAAUAGGUCCUAGAAUCUCCUCGGAUGGUGCUUCAUCUAGCGGUGCUGCAUUGUCUUCUAAUAUUGAGUCAGAAGAUUCUGCCUUAGUUGCUCCACUUCCUCCUCUACCGGAUGCGAAUAAUGCUAUAUCUGCUUCUUUGCCGCUUCCACCUCCACCUCCUUUGCCACCAACUACAGGGCUUACUUUGCCCCAUCUACCAUUUCCACCACCGCCUCCAGGACCCCCACCAAAAGAGCAGGAUUUGGCGUUGAUCGCAAGAUGGAGAAAUAGAUUGAAACUUGAUUACAAUUUUUCAUCUCCAUUGUUGCAGAACGCUAAUAUAACUUUCAUCCCUCCUCCCCCACCAUCCGGCCUUCCUUCAAAACCUCCAAGCAACGAAUCUGAGAAUGGUCCAUCAGAAUCUAAUGCCAGUAACUUUCAAAACGCUAGCCUCACUAAGAUGGUUGCACCACCACCACCUUUACAUCAGCAACAUCAAUCAACAUUUGCAGGAAGUGGUGCUUCACUGACUAAUUUUCAACCUGAUGUUCUUCUGCCUCCAGGAAUGUUGCAUUUUCCACCUCCACCGCCUCCACUCGAUAUGCAUCCUCCUCUCCCUGGAAUGUUGGGUGGUCAUCUAAUGUCGAGGCCACCAUAUGGACCACCACCUGGACCGCCUCCUAUGAUGAGGCCGCCGCUUCCACCAGGACCACCACCGUCUAAUUUUCAAGACGGUCAAGCAAUGAUCAGACCGUAUGUAUCUGAGCUUCCACCAGGACCACCACCGUCUAGUUUUCAAGAAGGUCAAGCAAUGAUCAGACCGUAUGUACCAAACAAACCGUCUUAUGUAAAAUCCGCUGCUCCUACUGUUGUCAGGAGACCACUCGCUCAACACACACCUGAGCUUACAUCCAUGGUCCCUGCCUCGGUUCGGGUCAGAAGAGAAUCAGCAACUGUAACCAAACCAAAGCCAAAGACUUCGAUAGCCUCAAGCUUGAGUUUUACACCAAGAGCUAUGGCUUCUGCUGCUCCGGUGAAGGUAGAGUCAGCCAAGGCACCUGCGGCUUCAAAGCCACAGAGCAUUGAUGAUUCUUACUCAGCUUUCUUGGAGGACAUGAAAGCUCUUGGAGCACUUGAUGGAUAG